AUGUAUGCAUACAGCAACAAUAACUUACAAGGUGUGACCUUGCAGUAUCCAGACCCUUGGGUCGAGACUGCUCCAACACUUUCUCUACCUCAUGGUGGCCCAGCAGCUUUCAUUUGCUUCCCAGAAUGUGUAAUCGCAGUCUCAUUGACACCAGGGACAAAUAUUGAGCAGAUGGUAUCUCUAAAAUCAGGAGCCACAAACAGAAUCAUCGGAGGGGGUACAAAAAGCCUGAGUAUUCAGCCUGUGCGUGAAAGUGAACUUGGCGCAUCUGAGCUUCAGAGACCCAUGCCCUUGACUGCUGAGGACUGCCUUGACAGGGCAACUUUCAAGCUCAAGACCAAACUUGAUCAGGCUGUCUUCUUUGGUGUAUAG